UCGCGGUGGCGGCGGGCGCCCGGUGAGCGCGACGGCUGGAUUUGCCGGCCGGCGCCUUGGGGGCGGCCGCGGUGGAGCCAGCGGCCGGAGGCCGCGUCCGUCCAUGGGCCCACAGCGGCCGGGCGGCGGGGCGGGGCGCGAGGAGGUGCGCGCGCUCUGAGGCCGCGGCGAGCAGGCGGGGCGCGGCGCGAGAGGGGAGGCCUUUCCGGGCCUGCGGCGGCCAGCGCAAAAUGCGGCGGCGGCCGCGCUGAGUCCCCGACCUCCGGGAGCGCGCUGGGCCGUGGCGGCCGGCUCCGCGGCCGCCUAGCCGACAUGUCGGCGGCCAAGGAAAACCCGUGCAGAAAAUUUCAGGCCAACAUCUUCAACAAGAGCAAGUGUCAGAACUGCUUCAAGCCCCGCGAGUCGCAUCUGCUCAACGACGAGGACCUGACGCAGGCAAAACCCAUUUAUGGUGGCUGGCUGCUCCUGGCUCCAGAUGGCACCGACUUUGACAACCCAGUGCACCGGUCACGGAAAUGGCAGCGACGAUUCUUCAUUCUUUAUGAGCAUGGCCUCUUGCGAUAUGCCCUGGAUGAGAUGCCUACCACCCUCCCUCAGGGCACCAUCAACAUGAACCAGUGCACAGAUGUGGUGGAUGGGGAGGCCCGCACAGGGCAGAAGUUCUCCCUCUGCAUCCUGACACCUGACAAGGAACAUUUUAUCAGGGCAGAAACCAAGGAGAUCAUCAGUGGGUGGUUAGAGAUGCUCAUGGUGUAUCCUCGAACCAACAAGCAGAACCAGAAGAAGAAAAGGAAGGUAGAGCCACCUACCCCACAGGAACCUGGGCCUGCUAAAAUGGCUGUCACUAGCAGUAGUGGCGGCACCAGUGGUAGCAGCAGCAGCAGCAGCAGCAUUCCAAGUGCCGAGAAAAUCCCCACCACCAAAUCCACGCUCUGGCAGGAAGAAAUGAGAGCCAAAGAUCAACCUGAUGGGACCAGCCUGAGUCCAGCUCAGAGUCCCAGCCAAAGCCAGCCUCCUGCUGCUUGUACCGCAAGGGAAACAGGACUAGAAAGCAAAGAAGAUGAAAGCACCAUAAGUGGGGACCGUGUGGAUGGUGGUCGGAAAGUACGGGUUGAAAGCGGCUAUUUCUCCCUGGAGAAGGCCAAACAGGACCUGAGGGCUGAGGAGCAGCUGCCCCCACUACUCUCCCCACCCAGCCCCAGCACCCCACACAGCAGGUAUGGUUGUCCUGGAUCGCCUUCACAGGAACUCAGCCACUCCCUUCACUCUCCAGGUCUUCCAGCCCCAAGCCGCAUGGUCUACAGCAUCUGCCCUGACAGCCUGGGUGAGGCCAGCAGGCCACCCAACCACAUGGACUCCAGCAGUGCUGGGGGGUGGGGAACAGAGAUACUGGGGAGCACCUUUGCCUUUAAAGCCAGCAGGCAGUAUGCCGCCCUGGCCGACGUCCCUAAGGCCAUCCGGAUCAGCCAUCGAGAAGCCUUCCAGGUGGAGAGAAGGCGGUUGGAGCAUAGGACUCGGGCCCGGAGCCCUGGCAGGGAAGAGGUGGCCCGUCUGUUUGGCAACGAACGGAGGAGGUCCCAGGUAAUUGAGAAAUUUGAGGCCUUGGACAUUGAAAAAGCAGAGCACAUGGAAACCAACAUGCUGAUUCUGACCACUCCAUCAAGUGACACUCGUCAGGGCCGCAGUGAGAGACGGGCCAUCCCUAGAAAGCGGGACUUUGCCAGCGAAGCCCCCACAGCUCCUCUCUCAGAUGCUUGUCCCCUGUCUCCACACCGAAGAGCCAAGUCAUUGGACAGGAGGUCCACAGAAUCCUCCAUGACGCCUGACCUGCUGAAUUUCAAGAAAGGCUGGCUAACCAAGCAGUAUGAGGAUGGCCAGUGGAAGAAACACUGGUUUGUCCUGGCAGAUCAGAGCCUGAGAUACUACAGGGAUUCCGUGGCUGAGGAGGCAGCUGACCUAGAUGGAGAAAUUGACUUGUCCACUUGCUAUGAUGUCACUGAGUAUCCAGUCCAGAGAAACUAUGGCUUUCAGAUACAUACCAAGGAGGGUGAGUUCACCCUGUCGGCCAUGACAUCUGGCAUACGACGGAACUGGAUCCAGACCAUUAUGAAACAUGUGCUCCCAACAUCUGCCCCAGAUGUGACCAGCUCAUUGCCUGAGGGAAAGAAUAAAAGCACAUCUUUUGAGUCCUGCUCAAGGCCAAAUGAGAAGCAAGAAGCUGAGCCAGGAGAGCCAGAUCCUGAGCAGAAGAAGAGCCGUGCUCGAGAGCGGAGGCGGGAGGGUCGCUCCAAGACAUUUGACUGGGCUGAAUUCCGCCCCAUCCAACAGGCUCUGGCUCAAGAAAGGGCCAGCACUGUUGGGUCUUCUGAUUCUGGUGACCCUGGGUGUCUUGAAACUGAGUCAGGUGAGCUGGAGCGUGAACGAGCUCGACGUCGAGAAGAGCGUCGCAAGCGCUUUGGGAUGCCGGACACCAGUGACGGACCAGGAGUGGAGGAUACAGCCCUACGUAUGGACAUUGACCGGAGCCCAGGGCUGCUGGGAACCCCUGACCUCAAGACACAGAAUGUCCAUGUGGAAAUUGAGCAGCGGUGGCACCAAGUGGAGACCACCCCUCUCAGGGAGGAGAAACAGGUGCCCAUUGCCCCUCUGCACCUGUCCUUGGAGGACAGAAGUGAGCGGCUCUCCACACAUGAGCUCACCUCUCUGCUAGAGAAGGAGCUGGAGCAGAGCCAGAAAGAAGCCUCGGAUCUUCUAGAGCAGAACCGGCUUCUGCAGGACCAGUUAAGGGUGGCCCUGGGCAGAGAACAGAGUGCCCGGGAGGGCUAUGUGCUGCAGACUGAAGUGGCCACUUCUCCAUCGGGUGCUUGGCAGAGGCUCCAUAGAGUCAACCAAGACCUCCAGAGUGAGCUGGAAGCUCAGUGCCGGCGGCAGGAGCUCAUCACACAGCAGAUUCAGACCCUGAAACAUAGCUAUGGGGAGGCCAAGGAUGCAAUCCGGCACCAUGAGGCUGAGAUUCAGACCCUGCAGACAAGACUUAGUAAUGCGGCUGCAGAGCUGGCCAUUAAGGAGCAGGCUCUAGCCAAGCUCAAGGGUGAGCUGAAGCUGGAGCAGGGCAAGGUUCGAGAGCAGCUGGAGGAGUGGCAGCACAGCAAGGCCAUGCUCAGUGGCCAGCUGAGGGCCAGUGAGCAGAAACUCAAAAGUACAGAAGCCCUGCUGUUAGAGAAGACACAGGAACUCAGAGACCUGGAAACACAACAGGCAUUGCAACGAGACCGACAGAAGGAGGUGCAGAAGCUGCAGGAAUGCAUUGCUGAGCUCAGCCAACAGCUAGGUACCAGUGAGCAAGCCCAGCGUCUGAUGGAGAAGAAGUUGAAGAGGAACUAUACAUUGUUGCUGGAGAGCUGUGAGCAGGAAAAGCAGGCACUGCUGCAGAACCUGAAGGAAGUCGAGGACAAGGCCAGUGCCUAUGAGGAUCAGCUACAAGGCCACGUGCAGCAGGUGGAGGCCCUCCAGAAAGAGAAGCUGAGUGAAACAUGCAAAGGCAAUGAGCAGGUACACAAGCUAGAGGAAGAGCUGGAGGCCCGGGAGGCCAGCAUUCGCCAGCUAGCCCAGCAUGUACAGAGCCUCCAUGAUGAACGGGAUCUCAUCAAGCAUCAGUUUCAAGAGCUUAUGGAACGUGUGGCCACAUCCGAUGGGGAUGUGGCUGAGCUCCAAGAGAAGCUGAGGGGAAGGGAAACUGACUACCAGAACCUCGAGCACUCACACCACAGGGUCUCUAUCCAGCUACAGAGCGUGCGCACUCUGCUGAGAGAAAAAGAAGAGGAGCUGAAGCACAUUAAGGAAGCACAUGAGAGAGUUCUGGAAAAGAAAGACCAAGACCUCAAUGAGGCUCUAGUUAAAAUGAUUGCCUUGGGCAGCAGCUUAGAGGAAACAGAAAUUAAGCUGCAGGAAAAGGAAGAGUGUCUAAGGAGAUUUGUGAGUGAUUCUCCAAAGGAUGCCAAAGAGCCUCAAAGUACCACAGACACCACAGAGGACGACAGUGGCAUUUUGCCCUUAGGCUCAGUCACCAGAGUAUUUCCUGGCUUUCCCCACUCACAGCUAGAAGAUGAAGAUCCAAGUACUGGUCUGGGGGAUGAGGGUAGCAGUGGUAGCCUCAGCAGAGAGGAACACAUACUCCCAAAGUCAGCUGAUAUGCCUGAUCGGGAGGGGCAUCUGCAAAGCACAUCUAAGUCUGAUCAGGGAGCACCUAUAAAAAGGCCAAGAAUCAGGUUCUCCACAAUCCAGUGUCAAAGAUACAUACACCCCGAGGGGUGUGCAAAGGCCUGGACUAGCAGCACAUCAUCAGACACCAGCCAGGACCAGUCACCCUCAGAGGAUAGUGUGUCCUCAGAAGCUACCCCUAGCACACUCCCAGCAGCUGCAGAUGCCGAAACGUACAUCUCUAUAAUCCACUCUCUGGAGACGAAGCUCUAUGUCACAGAGGAGAAACUCAAAGAUGUGACUGUGAGGCUAGAAAGCCAGCAGGGGCAGAGUCAGGAGGCAUUGCUUGCACUGCACCAGCAGUGGGCUGGCACUGAGGCACAGUUGCGGGAGCAGCUCCGUGCCAGCCUGCUGCAGGCUAGCGCUCUGGCCUCUCAGCUAGAGCAGGAAAGACAACAGAAGGUCACAAACAUUGAGCAUCACCCUGGGGAGCUGGAAGACUUCCAAGCCAAAAAUAGCCAAGCCCUGACAUGCUUAGAAAACUGCUGGGAAAAGCUAAGGUCUUUGCCAUGGGCUGACCAGGAGAAGGGCCAGGAUGCAUGUGCAGCCUCCCUGGCUAACAUAGAGAGUAUGCUUGUGAGUGCCAUCAAGGCCCUUCAACCGUGGGCUUCCCCUGCAGAGAGCAGGACACAGGCUGAGCAAGAGAAGGGGCAACCCAUGGAAAGCGGUAUGGUAGCCCCUGUGCAGCAGCCCUGUCAGCCUGUCUUGAAUGAGCAGGAGCACAGGAAGCUGCUUUCUGCUCAGAUAGUCCUGGAGGCCUCACUCAUCAACAAGAUAGCUGACUCUCUAGAACAUACCACUUCAGAUGUGUAUGGUGUUCUCUGUGAGCUUACUCAGUCAGGGGAGUGGCCACUGAAGGAAGAAAGUGCUGCCCCCUCUGCUGAGGCUUCAAUGGAGAUCUGGGCCAAGAAGGUACUGGUGAAUGGUGAGUUCUGGAGCCAGGUCGAGUCGCUAAGUAAACACCUAGGGACACUGGGAGAAGAAACAGCCUGCACAUCAGGAGACAGGCAGCAGCAUACUCCCCAGAGUCUGGCUGAUGCCACAUGGAUUCGUGCAGAGCUCAGCUGUGCCACACAAUCAGUAAGAGAAGUGUUUCACCGUAGGCUGCAGAGCAUACAGGAGACCCUACAGGGGACCCAGGCAGCCCUCCAGCAGCACAAGUGCAUGCUGGGAGAAAUCUUGGGAGCCUACCAAACCCCAGACUUUGAAAGAGUAAUACAGCAGAUCUUAGAAACCCUCAGGCAUCCAACUGGCAGGGAGGACCAGGUACAGACAUCCUGGGACCAGAGCCCAUUAGGAGAGGUACUGAGGCCAGGCACAGAUGGCUCCCAAGAGCCUUUGCAGGCUUUGCAUCAGAGUCCUGAAGUCCUUGCUGCCAUUCAGGAUGAGCUGGCCCAGCAGCUGAGAGAAAAGGCUAACAUCCUUGAGGAGAUUUCAGCCGCCUUGCCAGUCCUGCCUCCCACAGAGCCACUUGGGGGUUGCCAUAGGCUUCUGCGGAUGUCCCAGCAUCUCUCAUAUGAUGCUUGUCUAGAGGGCCUUGGUCAGUAUUCUUCAUUACUGGUUCAAGACGCAAUUAUUCAGGCUCAAGUGUGCUAUGCAGCAUGCCGAAUUCGGCUGGAGUAUGAAAAGGAGCUGAGAUUUUACAAGAAGGCCUAUCAGGAGGCUAGGAGGGCUUCUUGCCAGAAGCGUGCACAAGCAGUUGGGGCCCUGAAGGAAGAAUAUGAAGAACUUCUCCACAAGCAGAAGAGUGAGUACCAGAAGGUUAUCGCCCUCAUUGAAAAGGAAAACACUGAGCUCAAGGCCAAAGUGAGCCAGAUGGACCAUCAGCAGAGAUGUCUACAAGAAGCAGAAAGCAAACACAGUGAGAGCAUGUUUGCCCUACAGGGCAGGUAUGAGGAAGAGAUCAGGUGCAUGGUGGAGCAGCUGAGCCACACUGAAAAUACACUGCAGGCUGAGCGUAGCCGGGUUCUCAGCCAGCUAGACGCCUCCGUCAAGGACAGGCAGGCCAUGGAACAGCAUCAUGUGCAGCAAAUGAAGAUGCUGGAGGACAGGUUCCAGCUGAAGGUCCGGGAGCUGCAGGCUGUGCAUCAGGAGGAACUGAGGGCCUUGCAAGAACACUACAUAUGGAGCCUGCGGGGAGCCCUCAGCCUCUGCCAACCCUCACACCCAGAUUCCCCACUGGCCCCUGGGUCAUCUGAGCCUAGAGCUGUGCCAACAGCUAAGGAUGAGGCCGAGUCCAUGACCGGGCUGCGAGAACGUAUCCAGGAGCUGGAAGCCCAAAUGAGUGUCAUGCGAGAGGAGCUGGGCCACAAAGAGCUGGAGGGUGAUGUGGCUGCCCUGCAGGAGAAGUAUCAGCGGGACUUUGAGAGCCUCAAGGCUACAUGUGAGCGAGGCUUUGCUGCCAUGGAGGAGACACAUCAGAAGAAGAUUGAAGAUCUGCAGAGACAACACCAGCGGGAACUAGAGAAGCUGCGAGAGGAGAAAGACCGCCUCCUGGCUGAGGAGACAGCUGCCACUAUAGCAGCCAUUGAAGCCAUGAAGAAUGCUCACCGGGAGGAGAUGGAACGAGAGUUAGAGAAGAGCCAGCGGUCUCAGAUCAGCAGCAUCAAUUCAGACAUAGAAGCCCUGAGGCGACAGUACCUGGAGGAGCUACAGUCAGUGCAGCGGGAGCUGGAGGUCCUUUCAGAGCAGUACUCCCAGAAGUGCCUGGAGAAUGCACACCUAGCCCAGGCACUGGAGGCCGAGCGGCAGGCCCUGCGGCAAUGCCAACGUGAGAACCAGGAACUCAACGCCCACAACCAGGAGCUGAAUAACCGCCUGGCUGCGGAGAUCACACGGUUGCGGACACUACUGACUGGAGAUGGUGGCGGGGAGUCCACUGGGUUGCCUCUCACACAGGGCAAGGAUGCCUAUGAGUUAGAGGUCUUGUUGCGGGUCAAAGAGUCAGAAAUUCAAUACCUGAAACAGGAGAUCAGCUCCCUCAAGGAUGAACUCCAGACUGCCCUGCGGGAUAAGAAGUAUGCUAGCGACAAGUACAAAGACAUCUACACAGAGCUCAGCAUUGCAAAGGCCAAGGCUGACUGUGACAUCAGCAGGCUGAAGGAGCAGCUGAAAGCAGCCACAGAGGCCUUGGGCGAGAAAUCUCCUGAAGGCACUACUGUGUCGGGAUACGACAUAAUGAAAUCUAAAAGCAAUCCUGACUUCCUGAAGAAAGAUAGAUCCUGUGUUACCCGGCAACUCAGAAACAUCAGGUCCAAGAGUCUGAAGGAAGGCCUGACGGUGCAGGAGCGCUUGAAGCUCUUUGAAUCCAGGGACUUGAAGAAAGAUUAGCCGCAUCCAUUCCACUGACAUCCUUCCCAGCUGGUGGCAGCACAAGCCAAGUGUGGCUUUCAUCUCCAUCUGUGCUUUCUCAUUGUUGCUGUCAUUAACUGUGGGUAUGGAUGCAUGAGAGACUGCUGUGGGGUGUUUGCUCCAUUCCCUCCUUGUUAAUUCCAACUUCCUGUUGUCUUUAUCACAGCUUUUUUUCCCCAUGGUAUUCUCAGAUUAGUCACGCGCAAGCAGUAGAGUGGGGAGGUUUCCCCACUGAUACCUGAGCAGCCCCCUUGUCCUCCCAGCACACUCACUGUCAGUAUUAAGGCACAGCAGCCUGUUAAUAAGCUAGCCCUGCCUCAGAGUGCACAUGUGGGGACCUGCCAGUGGCUCUGCUCUGCCGCACACAGUGGAGCACCACCCUUGGUCAGAACAGAGCCACCAAACGUUCUAGGCUGGCCUUGUUUCUGAAGGGCCUAGGAUAGUGUCCAGCAUGGCCCACUUCCUUUUGAUGUGGGAGGAGGACAGCAUUUUGUAUUUGGCCCACUAAUGCAGCUUAGAACCAUACCCAGAUAAUCCUGGCAAAUCUUUCACAACCUGGAAAAUGUUGAAAGCAACCAUUCCUAUUUUGGUUUUUUAUUAAAUCUUGCACAAAAGCCCCGACCCUCUCAUUCCUUCCUCCGCUCGUGCCUCCCUUGCUGUCCUGAUCCUGGUCUUCUGGUGGCCGAGAAGAGUGACCUGCAGCCUGAAGCUUCAGCCUUGUCAGGGGUGAUGGAGCCUUCUCAAGGUCAUCUAGAGGGAACAUGGCUGGUUUUAAUCUGUCUGAAAAGAAGCUGUCAUAUUGCUUGGGGAAGGAUGAGGAGCAGACGCUGUGUGAGAUAGACUAUCAGGACUAGUGAAAAAAGCAGCAUUUGCUCAGGACUGAUUUGUCUGGGCUCUGGAAGGUUCCCUUGAAUUGUCUGCUUCUCAGGGAGCCAUUGACAGGGAGCCUGUGCUAACUUUGCUUUUUUAGCUGCUGAACCAGUACCUUUCUAACUACCCAAAGCAUUUUACAGCAUUUACUUGAAAAAGAAAAAAGAAAAAAAAAAACACUUUUAUUUCUAUUCUCAUAAGAAAGCAUUCAUACUGUAAGAUAUGCAGCACACAAAAGAAGCCCCGUGUCAAACGCGAGAGUGGCCUCACAACUAGAUUCACGUCCUGGCUUGUUAGUGUUAAGUGGGUCAGAUGGUCUCUGAGUAUACAAAUUCAACUCGUGAGUCCCCGAAUGGUUCUACAUGAGUUGAUGUUCAAGGUCAUUCACAAUGUCUAGCUGGCCUACUGAUAGACAGGCAGGUCAAAACUUCAAGAUAAUGGAUUUGUGACAUACCAAAGUGUUCCACUGACCAGACAAGCCCUGAGCCUCUGUUUUUACAAGAUUUUAAGUUGUACACUGGCACAUGCUCAGUGACCAUUUAUGUUUUCAGCAUGAUGGGCAAGUCAGAUCUGUUAAGAUGAGCAGCUGUUGAAACUGAGCUUUGAGCUCAGAGUGGGCUGGCCUUCAGGAGCUGUAGUCCUGGGGUGAGGACUCCUGUUCUCUCUGAUUCGGUUUCUUUGCAGCUGUCCUGCUGCCCUUGGGACCCUCUGGCCCCACUGCAAUUAUCUUCCUGCCUUGUGGUUCCUGGAAUGCUACAAAGAGCCUGCCGAAGAAGCCUACCAUUCAAAAGGACAUUUGAUCUUUUGCUGUUCACCUCAGAAUCCUAGGAUAUGAACUUUGCUAAAAAUACAAGUACCUGGGCGUCAGAAGCAAGGGCUAGGAGACAGGCAUGCUACACUUAAUCUGUCACUCAAGGCUCCUACUGCAGGCUCAUUUUUGCCGUGAUAUAGCAUACCACACUGCUCCAGAGCUUGGUUUCAUGUGUAUUUGAUAUGUUAGCCAAAUGCUGAACUGGUACAGGACAGAGAUUCCUGGAUCAUCUCCCACUGUCCAAGCCAGUCUGAACAGUAACAUGUGGGUCAGGGUACAUCUUGAGUUUCUUGGUGGUGACACUUCUGGCCUCUGGCAAAAGUGAACCAAACAAGCAGCUGGUCUUCCUGAGUCCCUGAUGGCCAUGCAGGCCCACUGGAGCAAUUUACUUUGGACUGACACAUGUCCUCUGUCCAUUCCCUCACUCCUUGAGCCAGGUUCACUUUUGCCUGACCUCCCAACAGACUUCCCAUUCCCUGGAAAGAGGCUGAAGCUGAUAUAUUCAGAGAAGAGAUAUCCAAUGUGCAGGUGGAGUUGGUCCGGGCAUAUGUAGAAGAGGAUGCUUGGCUGAGGAUGGUAGUAUAGAUCAAGAAGUCACAGGCUGCUCCCAAUCCAGUCAGCCAGUGGCGUGCUUUCUUUCCCCACUUGAUGGUAGGAGCAGAAUUUUAUUUUCCCAUAAAUACACAUUUGUGGUCUGCCAGCAUCUACAAGCAAACUGCCAUUACAGGGAACAUACCUGACUGCAUUCGACAGCAAAUGUAAACAUGCUAAUUACAUCAUGCCCAUGUGCCUAGCACCAGAGCAAACAACACAUCUGUCACACGGGGCUACUAGCUGCACCUUUUCCAGUAUGGAAGUAGAGAAUCACCAGAGGGAAGAAUGCUGGGAAUGUGUGGAUUCACUGAGUGAAAGCAAAGGUCAGGGUUGACCUCCACUGGAUCCAGCAGAACACUGAGCUGGGUGCAGUGGUUUAUGUCUAUACUGCUACCACUCGAGGCUCCAAAGUACCAGGUCAGUCUAGAUUAUAUAGCAAGAUGGUGUCAAAAUACAGGUGAACUAAGGGGAGAUCGAUCGAUCGAUCGAUCGAUCUAUCUGUAUCUAUCUAUCUAGAGAGAGAGAGAGAAAGAGAGAUCUGGGGUUCAACUACAGCACUACAGAGAGCACACUUGUGGUCUUUGGAACAUUUGUCCAAAAAGAGCCCAAGGGAUUUGACUAGGAAACAAACUGGGUGUGAAAAGAUAUUUGAUGGAAUGUGUAGUACUGUUAACUUCCCUAUAGGGGGAGAUGGUGCACUGACUUCUUUCUACCCUGGAACUGCAGAAAACUAAGCAUACUCCUCACUGCUGACACCUAGCUGGUGCUGAGGGAAGUAGCUGGAUAGCACACAGCCUAUACUGUUUUAUGUGAACCUGGGCAGUAGCUCAGAUUCCUGCAGGCCUGUCCCACACCAAAGUGGUCUUUCUCCUGACCUCCAACUAUGCCCUGGCUCUCAAAGACAAGCUGGAUAGGCACCCAGAGGCCCUGUGCAGCCUUCCCACUCAUGCCAUACUCCAUGUCAGUACCCAAUACAAGCUGCACACCAAAGUCUGCUGGCAGCUACAGGUACAAACAGUUCCCAGAUGCAUAGUAACACCCAAACCCCAGACUCUGAUGGUGGAGGAACAGUAAUUACCUCUCAGCUGAUUGUCCUGUACAUGCUACACAGGAGGGUUAGCUGUUCUUGCUAUGCUGUAAAGAUGGCAUCACCUAGUAUGUUACUUAGAGACUAUCAGUGUAGGGGUUCAAAGCCUGUCUCACAGGAACUCCCAACAUACCACAGGAUAGCCUGUGGCCUGCACUUCACUUGCUCAGCCUUUUCUGUAUAUCAGAGCAAGUAAUGUUAAGUAUUUCUAAGAUAUGGCACAGGGAUUUUUGUGCAAAGUUAUGGAAAGGUAGCAUCCAGUGCAAAUCCCUCUUAAAUAUCAAGACCAUUAGUUAGCUAGGCGUGGUAGCUCACACAUUUAAUUAGCACUUGGGAAGCAGAGGCAGGUUAAGUUCAAAACCAACCUGGUCUACAUAGAGAGUUCUACAAGAACCAGGGUUACACAGCAAAACCCUGUCUAAAAACAACAAAAACCGACUAUAUUAAUAAGUAACAUCUUUGAACGUUUUGGUUACUCAACAGACUUCAGAGGCUUUACCCACACUCCUGGCAAGCCCUGAUUCUUGUUUAAAGUAUUCUGUGAGACUUGCAUGGAGCCACUCAUGGAAAACCAGUAAUAGGAGGGACUUCGGCACCCUGCCCUCAGGUUUCUCAGGGUGUUUUUGUUAGAACUGGCUGGGAGCAUAGGCUGCUUCAGGCCCAAGUGCCUAGUUCUGACAACUGCAGGGCUGGACUUGUAUACAAAACAGCCCAGCUACCCCUAUCUCUAGCUGCCUUGACUAUAUAGCAUGAGACUCCAGGUAGCUCCAUGGCUGUAUUUCUGUACUGGUAAGGAGCUAGCCCAUCAGUAGAGCUAAAAAUGGGACAGUCCAAAACUGAAGGACUUGAGGACCUCUCCAGUUUCCCAUGGGUCACAGGUCAGCCUGGAGCAGCUUCCAUUGUUAGGGAGGACUCCAUAGCCAGCAUUUGCCAUAAAGAGAGGCACCACUGUUAAGAAUCCUAGCCAACACAGCCCACUCCAACUUGUCACAGUCGACAUGCCAUUGGCUCAUCUCUCCUUUAGAAGUCAAACCACACAUCUAUUUUUAUUUUAGCAAGGUAGAUUGUAAAGAACACUAAAUCCACUAUUAUAUUUUGUUUCUGUCACAAACUUGGAUUUAAAUGGAUUUUAAAUAAUUUUAAGAUUCACCUUCGGUAUUAAUGCUUUAAUGCCAGGAUCCAAAACCAGUUCUUUGGUUACUAACCGAUGUGGCUUUCUGUAGGUAUGCUGUAUAGAAUAUUAAGAACCCCAGUCACAGUGGCUCCUUGACAAUCAGAACUCCAGGUGACCUUCCAUUACUGCUGCUUGACUGGGGGUGGGGUGCGUGUUUGUGAACAGGGUGCCUGGCAGGGCCUCUUCACUACAUCUCAACAGAAACAGGCUUGUACCAUCUCACCUGCUAUUUAGGUAUUUUGUUCUAAUACAAUCAAUCCAGUUGCCAGACUAAAAAUUACACAUGGAAGAAAAUGGAGCCUCUGAGCCAGAGAGCCUUCAAGCACAGCUUCUCAGAGCCAGUUUAGGCCUCCAGGUGUAUGCACAGUGUGUGGCUUCCUGCAGAUCAAGUGUCCCCCAACUCAUUCAAGAUUUUAUGGUUCAGUGUAAGGCAUUUCCUACAAAGUUUGUGAUCAGGUUCACUACAAUUGAAAUGUUAAUUUGUAGAAGUAUUUAUUCCUUUGUGUGACAAGCUAGAGUCCUUGGCUAUAGCUGACCAUUUUUAUUGUGUAAAUACUGCUUGGUUUUACAUGAACUGUAUCAUAAUAAACUAUUUUUGCAUUGCCCUC